AUGUUCUGGCUCAGACGCAACCGGCACUUAUUCCAGAUGGAGAUCUUCAAGCCCGCGACCGUGAGCUUGACGGCGCGAGAUAGAAGAUAUGCGAGAGCCGUCGAGGCGUGUUUUAGUGGGGCGCAGCUGAGGACGCUCGUAUGCCAGUGCCACGACGAUUAUAGGCUGAUGAACAAGCUCAUUAUAGACUCGACGGAAGUGUUCAGGAGGAAACCCGCUAAGUACAGUUUCGAUGGUUAUGCGGUCGAGUAUGUCAAGUCUCCCGACGGGCUGUAUAAAUUCUUGAGCAUGGACGUGCAGUUGCACCGGACGCCCAUCACCCUGAACCCGAUCAACCACCAACAAUACGAAGACAUCGUGCCGAUCAUCUUCAACCCCGGCAGCAGGAACUUCAUCACGAAGAUGACAAUGAACAGGGACUGGAGAGAGACCCAGCUCCGCGCCGGCGGUGAUCUCGCUGGCUUGGUACCCAAGCUUGACUACCUAUACCGCAUGGGGGUCAGAGGAAUAUUCAUCUCUGGAACGCCCUUCUUGAACAUGUUAUGGCAGGCUGACAGUUAUUCUCCACUCGACUUCACCGUUCUCGAUCCCCAUUAUGGCACAAUCGACGACUACAACGCAAUGAUCUCCGAGGUCCACGCCCGCGGAAUGUACGUUAUGGCGGACUUUACAGUCGGUACCAUGUCCGAUUUGAUUGGCUUCUCUGGCUACCUCAACGGGUCCACUCCUUUCGAUCUCAAUACGAAGCCGUCUGGAAGCAUCCCGAUCUCAUGCCAUGGGGCUCUGAUGGGUACAAGACUUUCUCGUACGGUGAUAUGGACUUUCGGUGUCCAUCCUGAUUGGCAACGUCAGCUCGCCAAGUUCGCCUCCGUGCAGGAUUAUCUGCGCGAAUGGGAGCCCACCGUCAUGGCCAAGCUCACGACUUUCUCGUGCUUGACUAUCACCGCGCUCGGCGUUGGCGUUAUCCUUAUCGACAAGUCCACACAGGCCACCGUCGACGCUUUGGCUAUCUGGGCCUCUGCGACCAGGAAGUGUGCUUACGACCUUGGCAAGAAAAACUUCUUCAUCACCGGUGAAGUUACGGGUGGUGAUACCUUCGGUUCAUAUGGCAGAGGCAGGACCCCGACUCAGCUUCCCAGUAACUUCGACAUCGCCGCCAACCUGACCGCCAACCAGAGCCAGUGCUUCCUUCGGGACGAGUCCGACAAUGGUCUUGACGCCGUCGCCUUCCACUACUCCACCUACCGCUCUCUCACUCGUUUCUUUGGAAUGGACGGCAAUUUGGCCGACGCUUACGAUAUCGACGUCAACUUCGUUACCUCUUGGAACCAGAUGUUCGUCGACAAUGACUUCUUGAAUGCCAUCACUGGCGACGUGGACCCGAGACACAUGUUCGUCAUGCCUGGCAUAUCUUUGAUUUACCAUGGUGAAGAGCAGAACGUCUACUUAUACGAUACCACCGCACAGAAUUACCUCUACGGCCGUCAAGCCAUGAUCAGUAAUAAGGCCUGGCAGCGUCAUGGAUGUCACCAUCUCGGAUCGGAGCAGUACUACAACAUCGCGCUCGACAAGUCUCUCAUCGGCUGCCUCGACGACUGGAACUCUCUCGACCACUUCGAUCCCAUAAUGAACAGCCGUCGUAUGAUGGCUCACAUGUUCUACCUUCACUUCGUCUACGGCGCUCUCCAAAAUGGUUUCGGUCUCGUGCAACAGGGCAACUGGGCUUAUCAGAUUGAGCGCCCCGGUUCUAACGGUACCGCGACCGAGAUAGGUCUUUGGUCGAUCUCCCGUUCGGAUAUUACCUCGCAAACCCUCAGCGGAAACAACCCCGACGAAGUUUGGAUGCUCUACACCAACGAGCACACCACGAAAACCUGGACGUAUGACUGCACUAGCUCUAACCUGAUCUCUACUCUAUACCAGGCCGACACCAUCGUCCGGAAUCUGUUCUAUCCCUACGGGAACUGA